UUAUUAUGCAUAGUUUAUUACUUUUUUGUAUCUGCCACUGCUUUUUAAAAGUCUGAGUCGAGCACAGAAGGCUAUGUAGGUAAUAAGUAUAUAUUUAAUUUUAUAUUAGGGAACCGCCCAUCAAUUCUUUUCCUAGGCAGAACGCACGCUCAGCAACGUUCGCUCUUUGCUACUCUCCAUCGGUUGGUGGUAAAAUGCCAAGGCCGCUACAUGAAAGCCAAUGAAUCAGAAAAAGGACCUGGAAACGAUAUUGUUGCGAAUUGAUUGGGAGGUCCAUAGCAGCUUAGUCAGGAAGGCUUUGGAAUUUGCAAAGUCAGCCUUUACCUAAAGGGAAACCAUCCUGUGCACUUUCUUUGGAGCAGACUUUGUGUAAAGCUAGCACUUGCCGAACGGUGAAGCCAACUGCCAACCAGCCUUCUUGGGGCUGAAAGAUGACUGUAGCGGUUCCGCCGCCACCGGCGGUGCCGGCGUCGGCACUGUAUGAGCCGAGGACGACCAUGGACGCAGCACCGUUGCAACGACCGCCUCAUGCUGACAUGGCCUGGGAGUGGUUCCGGAGCAUUGGCUCUCCGAAAUUCCACGUGGCCCCGAUGGUUGACCAGUCUGAGCUGCCCUUCCGGCUGCUGUGUCGCCGGCACGGCGCCACAUGCGCAUACACGCCCAUGCUGCACGCAAGGAUCUUCAGUCAGGACCGCAAAUACAGGGAGGAGAUGCUCACCACGUGUUCCGAGGACCGGCCCCUGCUGGUGCAGUUCUGUGCCCACGAGCCGCAGCACCUGCUGGCAGCUGCUCGCCUCGUGCAGGAUAGCGGGGUGGCGGAUGCCAUUGACAUCAACUUUGGGUGCCCCCAGCGUAUCGCCAAACGGGGCGGCUACGGAGCGUUUCUAAUGGACGACCUGCCGCGAGUGGAGUCACUGGUGCGGGUGCUGGCCCAGAACCUCCGUAUCCCCGUUACCGCCAAGAUCCGCAUCUUCCCCGAUCUGGCAAAAACAGUCGCCUAUGCAAGGAUGGUGGAGGCGGCGGGAGCGUCUCUGGUGGCCGUACACGGUCGCCUGAGGGAGCAGAAGGAUAACAGCUCCACACGAGCGGACUGGGACGCGAUCAGGGCGGUCAAGGCGGCGCUCAGCGUGCCGGUGCUGGCGAACGGCAAUAUACGGCACCUGGGUGACGUGGGAGCCUGUCUGUCGUACACUGGCGCCGACGGCGUGCUGUCAGCGGAGUCGUUGUUGGCAGACCCGGCGCUGUUUGAUGUGCCGGCGAGGGCGUCGGUGGCUGUUGGAGAUGUGAGUGGACGGGGUCGGUGGUAUUCGGCACCCCCCCUGGAGCGUCUGUCCCUAGCUGCCCAGUACAUGGACCUGGUGCGCGCCCACCCGGUGCCCCUGCGCAUGGUUCGGGGGCAUGUGCACAAGAUGGUGGGCGAUUGGCUGGCUGAACACACGGACCUGAGGGACAACAUCAACAGACUGCCACCCACUAUCCAGCUAUUCUGCCAGGUGCGUGUGAGGGUUUGUGGGGGGGUUAAAGAGGUGUGUGUAUGUGUUUAUGUGUCUCGGUUUGCGAAUGACCCUGUCCUGUCCCGUCAUGCGUGUGGUGGUCACAUACACUGCGUCACUCAUUGUCGCCUUGCCAGGUGUAGUGUGGCGCCCUGCCCCCUUACAUCUUGCUCUUUCUUACUUUUGCUGCUGAUAGAGCAAUGCUAG